UCAGUUGUGGGUUGGUGUUUAUUUUUGUUGUGACGCAAUUGUGAGCUCAAACGAAUUAGAAAAUAAAGUAUCAUUUAAUUUCUGAUAAAUAACUUAGAUAAACAUAAAAAAUGUCGGAACGAAAAGUUCUCAACAAAUACUAUCCACCGGAUUUCGAUCCGUCGAAAAUCCCCCGGGUCAAGCUCCCAAAGAACCGUCAAUACACAGUCCGCCUAAUGGCCCCGUUCAACAUGCGCUGUGUCACCUGUGGCGAGUACAUCUACAAGGGCAAAAAGUUCAACGCCCGCAAGGAGGAUGUGGAAAAUGAAGACUACCUCGGCAUUCGCAUCUAUCGGUUCUACAUCAAGUGCACUCGCUGCCUGCAGGAGAUAUCAUUCAAAACCGAUCCGAGAAACACGGAUUACGAGAUUGAAGCCGGUGCGACGCGGAACUUUAUGGCACUUAAACUUGCCGAAGAACAAGCUCGGCGGGAGGAAGAGGAAGCCCGCGAGGAAGAAGCAACCAAUCCGAUGAAGUUGCUAGAAAAUCGCACCCAGCAAUCGCGAAAUGAGAUCGAACUGUUGGAAUCGUUGGAGGAACUGCGGGAUCUGAAUCGGCGCCAGCAGGAGGUUGACUACGACAGUAUGCUGCAGCAGUACGAUCCGACCGAGUCGAUUCGGGAGCGCGAGGAACGGCUGGAGAGGCAGGAUGAGGAAUAUAUUAAAUCGAUUAAAUUCCACUCCCGUACCGUGGCCAACAGCGGACUGAAGCGAGUUGCCACCGAGGAAAUUAUCGAAGAAGUCAAACGAGAACCCUCGUCGUCUGAAUCGGACCAGGGUUUGACAACUGAUCUGCCGACUUCGUCCUCUUCCACCAUCGUUCCAACGUUUGCCACUCCCACGGCCGGUGCCAGCAAAGUGAAAAGGUUGGAAAACAACAGCAUCAGCAUUGGGGUUAGAAAAAGUUCACUUAGCAAUUUAGUGGUAAAGAAGAAAGCAACAGUUGCUCCCAUCCCUGCUGCUACGAUGUCUGCUGCCCAGGAGAAGGAGGUGAACACGUCGAAGCCUUCACCAGUUACUGAAGCGACAGUGACGAGUAAAGUAACAGCGGUAUCUACAACAAUGGUAGCAGCCGUUAACGACGGUGGUGGUGGUGGCAAUUCAGGAGGCUCUGCUACCGCCAACGACAGCAAUGCAGCAGUCAGUGGUUUGGGUCUCCUGGGAACCUACUCUGAUAGUGACAAUUCAUCAGACGGGAAUGACUGAGUAUAUAUAGUUGACUUCACCGUAAUGCAGUUUGUUGCAUUUUUGCACGCUGGCGGAGUAAUUUCAAGAGAGUUAAAUAAUUUUGUAAC